AUGAGUGGGGUUGUGUGUCUUUCGGCCAUUGUUGCGUGUGGCGGAGUCGGCGUGCUGGUGCAGGGAGAGGCGCAGCAACAGCAGCAGCAGGGACAGCAGCAGCAGGGACAGAGUGGGAAGGCGAGCAUCGUGUCUGACGAGUACAAGAACCUGCACAUCACGAGCUUGAACAACACCUUCAUCAACACCCGACAACAGAGCCCGAUCGACGGCGGCAAUGGCACCACCACCACCACCACCAACACAAGCAGCAGUGGCAGCGUGUUUGUGAACGGCCAGAACCUGGGCCGCAUGUUUGAGCGGUUUGCGGACCUGGAAGCCAAGGUGGAGCAGCUGCAACAAGAAUUGGCGCACGUGCGCUCGCUCCUGCCCGCAACAAACACCAGCACAACCACAGCAGCUGCGGCAACCACAACGCAGCCACCGAGCACGACCACUGGUGGUAACUUCCCCAGCCUUGACUGCACAAAAGCCAACACCAUACCAGACAUUGUCACUGAGGCGCAGGACGUGAAUCACUGCUGUUGCGAGGAAGUGUCUGACCUCGAGAUGGUUCACGGACACCUGCUCAUGGACACACACGCAGACCCAGGUGUCGAGUUGUCGGAAUUGACCAGCGUUCUCGGCAAACUCGAGGUUGAAGGGGUGGGGCUGCAAACCUUGCUCUUCGCCUCCCUCCACACUGUCGGUGGCAUGGUGGUGCUUUUGCAGAACGUGGCGCUUACUACCUUCUACGCCCCAGCCCUCUUCCACGCUGGUGGCGUGGUGAUCAGCAAUAACCAUCAACUCUCGACCGUGGUGACUUCCAAGCUCUCCGUUGUCGACGGCCCACUCACUAUCAGCAAUAACCCAACACUGUCCGCCGUGAGCGUAAUGUCGCUUGCGUCUGUGACGGGUGACUUGACCCUUCGAGAACUCGCCGUGUCCUCGCUUGACUUCUCGACGCUGUCGGCGGUCGGAGGCAAGAUGGAUAUCUCCGACAACCAGUAUCUAAGUCAGCUGGUGCUUGGUGACAACGUCAACGGCCUCUCCAUCAACAUUCACGGCGGCAUUGACAUUUAUGGCAACCCAGACCUCUCCCAGAUAUCGUUUGCGGCGGAGCUGAACACCCUUGCACCCAUAGUCAUCAAUCACUCUGGCGAGGAAACCCUACAAGUCAGCUGCACUGCACCCAUUAACGCCCCGGGUGACUGCCUCAUCUUGACUGGUCCCAUUGCCCUUGACAACAACUGUCCUUCGCAGUGUUCUUGA